UCCACAUGUUUUGUCCGCCCUAGUUUCUCUCUCCUCUCUCUACUUCGUCGGCGAUCAAGCUCCAGUUUUUCACAAGAUUUUUCAGCAAGAACAAUAAAUCCAUCACCAACUUGUUCUUAUCUGAUUCCGAAUAGGUGAAUAAUAGGCAGCCUGUGUACACCACAUCAGAAAGUUGGAAUUGUUUUAAUUACUAGCCUGCUAAUUGUGAUUUUGGUAGCCUCAAGAAUGGAUCGCAGUGACACAUCUGGAUUUGUCAGUGGUGGUUGUUUUUCCUUUUAACUGCUGAUUCUUUUUCAUUCAAUUUUAUCUUGUUAAAGUCAGGCCUGCCUCUUAUAAAGCACUGUGAGUUGGUUUGGUAUUUUGGAUGGAUGUUAAUAUGGAGAAAACAUUUGAUUGGGGAGAUGGUCAGUCUAAUGUUGCUGCACUGAGUCUGGAUUAUCAUCCGGGAUUGUCAAACGGUAUAGUAAGCAAUAGAAAAAGGAACCCUCUAAGCAUCUCCCCGUUGGCUCUUAGUUUGGGCUUCUCGUCAAGUUCUUGUACUUCCUUAGGUUCGAGGAAGGAAAAUGAAGAAGAAUCUUCGUACAAGACACAAUUGAAUUGUGUUUCUUCUAUUGUGAUGUUUGAAGGGGUUGAACUCCAAAAACCAAAGCUAGACCUAGAACUAAGCCUAUCAACUGGAUUUAAAGACUCCGAUGUUACUACCCUUACCCAAGCAUUCAAGCCACCGCCCGACAUACCAGGAACAGAAGGGUCAGUAUCAUCUCGUUGGAAAUGCGGGUCAGUUAUUUCAUCAUUCUUGGCUUCGCAAACCAUGCAUAUCAAUCCAACCGAUGAAAUCCCAAACCAAAGGCGACGCAUCACAAAUGUCAAGCUGUGUCAGUUCCAAGGUUGUGGUAAAGGAGCAAGAGGGGCCACGAAAUUUUGCAUCUCGCAUGGAGGUGGCAAGAGGUGUAAGCGAGAAGGUUGUCCAAACGGAGCCGAGGGCAAAACAGUCUUUUGCAAGGCACAUGGUGGGGGUAACCGUUGCAUACACCUCGGGUGUACGAAAAGUGCAGAAGGCCGAACUGACCUCUGUAUCAGGCAUGGUGGUGGCCGAAGGUGUAUUCACGAAGGCUGCAGUCAAGCCGCAAGAGGGAAACAAACUAGUCUUUGUAUAAAGCACGGAGGUGGGAAAAGAUGUAAGAUUGAAAAUUGUGAUAAGAGUGCAGAAGGAAUGUUAGGAUUAUGCAUAUCGCAUGGAGGUGGAAGACGAUGUGAAAGACCUGAAUGUACGAAAAGCGCUCAAGGAGGUACGAAGUUAUGUAAAGCACAUGGGGGUGGGAAAAGGUGUCAAUUCGUGGGGUGUAGUAAAGGAGCGGAAGGUAGUACGAUGUAUUGUAAAGGUCAUGGGGGUGGGAAAAGAUGUAGUUAUUUAGAAGGGUGUCCUAAGAGUGUACAUGGAGGGACGAUGUUUUGUGUGAGGCACGGUGGGGGUAAGAGAUGCUUGUUCCCGGAAUGCUCUAAAAGUGCGAGAGGUCGUACAAAUUUCUGCGUUCGUCAUGGUGGUGGCAAAAGGUGUAGUUUUGUAGGAGGAUGUGGAAAGAGUGCACAAGGAAGGAGCGAUUUUUGCAAGGGACAUGGAGGGGGAAAACGAUGCUCUUGGGGAGGACAACCUUCUUGUGAUAAGUUUGUGAGAGGGAAAUCUAGUCUUUGUGCUGCUCACAAUACUACUGCUACUAUUAAUAAUGACAUGGAAUGGACUAGUUGUUCUCCAUUCUUUAUCAAUCAGACUCAGGCCAUGGAUUCUUCUUCUGCUAAAGAAGAUCCAACAACAACCUUACCACUGCAAUUUUCACUUCCAGAAGGCAGGGUACAUGGAGGAAGCCUCAUGGCAAUGUUGGAAGGUUCUCGAAACUUGGGAGGAAAUUAGAAGUUUGAAUCUGCACAAAUGUUAUUUCUUCUUCUUCUUCUUGUAACUACUCAUUCUUGUUUCUUAAGUGGUUUCUUAAGGGGAGGG